CAAAAUGCAAAUGGCUGGCGCACCAGACGUAAUGGUUUAUUAGGGAAUGUUUAUUGUUUCCGGGCGUAUUUUUGCUGUUCGUAAGUGCAGUUUUUUUGUUUUUCGAUUAAUCCGUAUGUAAACACUCAUUCGCCGUGACCGUUCGGGUAGUGUGCGAAAUAGUGUGUGUGAGUUGUAAUGUGAAAAUGUGCUGACAUACUUAGUGGUACCGUGGUCGUAUCAUGACAAAGGAUUGCAUUGGUAUCCUGUGCGCCGCCGACACCUGUGAACUCGGCCGUCUUAUAAUGAUCAGGGUAUUAUCGUAAGUUGAUAUGUUAUAUCUAAGUCCACGGCCUAGUUAGUGUUUAUUGAAAAAUAAAACCAGAACAACAAUAUUAUAAUGAAAGGAUUCCGUAUCUGAUAUCGCGCAAAUGCGACCAGUCAUGCUACAAGUAUUGCUUACGGCAAUGCUUUGGCUCCUGGUGUCUGACAGCAAUGCGCAAAAGUUCGAUCAUGACAUGGGUGUAUUAGACCGACGGGUAUUAACCGAUGGUGUGGACUAUGAGGUAUUUAACAAAACCCUAGCGUCAAAACCAGGAUCCGGUUCUCGUGGUUCUCGAACAAAUUCAUCGCAACAACAGCAACAUGUAACGAGUCCAACAAACCGUUUGAUACCUGCAUAUAAUCCACCUGAUAGGCAUACCUUUACUCCUCCAUUACCUCCAGAACGAUUUAAUCCAUUUGCUGAUAAACCUACAUUAAGGGGUAGUAAUUCGGAAAAGUCAUUGCCACCUCGAAGACCCGGAAUUGUACAGACAAAAUUUGAAAAAGAAUUCAUUCCUAUUAGACCUGUAGAUGUACCAGUUGCUGAUACCAAAAAGAAGACUAUUAACACACCUAGUUUAAAUAAGUCAAGAGUACCAGAAUCUACAUAUUCUGAACCAACUAGUACUACAGCAGCUAAUGGAUUUAAGGGACUUAAUGAUACUUAUAGUAUUGUGGUACAGCAAGUUCAAAAUUUAUCAAGUCCAAUUGUUUUUCGAAUUUUAUCUGAUGAUACUGGUAAGAAGAUGGAUGGAUUAUUAAGUAAUAUCAAGCCGAAUUUUGAUCAAGAUCUUAAGCCAUCUCGAACUUUUAAACAAGAAGUUCUUAAACCCAUACCACGAACUUCUCAGCCAAUUGAAACUACAUCUUCAUCACAAAUAUUUGAAACAUCAUCAGAAGAAAUAACUGAAAAUGAACCAACAAUAUUUAAGGAGCAACAAGUAACAGAUUCAAAAAAUGAUAUUAUACCUGAAUCACGACCAGAAAUAGUUUCUGUGCCAGAUCGUCCUGAACUCAGAGCAAGAUACCUUCUUGGAGUUUUUUGGGAUGUUCAUGUUUAUCUAAUUGCCACACUUUUCCUGAUAUUAGUAUUCUGUUCAGUGAUUAGUAUAGCAAGGAUAAGAGCAUUUAAAAAAUUAUUAACAUGUGGCUAUUUUGUGACUAUACAUGGGUUAUUAAUAAUUAUAGGCUGUGUCAGGAGUGCUUAUUUGUUAUAUGAUCCAUAUAAUGUAAAUAAAGUAUUAUCAAAUGAGAUGUCUGGCUUGGCUCUGAAUAUAGUAUUCCCACUUUUGUUAACUGUAUAUUCAAUUUUAUUUUUGUUUCUGUUACGAGCCACUGAUGUAAAAACUAUUUUUUAUAAUCUACAAAAAUCAUCAUUGUUAGCUAUAUUCAUUGGCUGUUAUAUGGGUUUUUGUAUCAUUGUAUUGUUUUAUUCUGAAGCUCAUAUUCUUUCAUUGAUAUCUAAAUGCAUUUACAUUUUGUUAUGUGUGAUACUUGGAAUAACAUAUGUAUGCCUGUAUAGAUCUAUGACUAAUGCUUCCUUAAGAAAACAAGGAACUAUAUUUGGAGCUAGUUUCCAUGAACAUCGCCCAACUUUGGCUCAUUCAGUACGUGUGACAUUAGCCACUAGUAUGCUGAGUCUUCUGAUGGCUUCAGUUCAACUAUAUGGAAUGGUUGGUGGUUAUGAAAUGUUGGGGAAAGAUCAACCAAAUCCAUGGUUAUGGUGGGGUUAUCAGUUUUCUGUACGUGUGAUUGAGAUAUCAUCGUGCUUUUUGAUAUUUUGGGCAUCAAUUCAGCCUUUGAGAUAUACCAGUGAAAAAGAAGCUCAAAAUCAAUCUGGCUUAACAUUGUUUCCUUGCCGUGGUACUGUUUCCCGGAAUGAUCCACCAUCAGAUGACAUUUAUCCAGCCAUCUGUAGUGCCAAUCAAGCUGUACACAAUUAUACAUUGCGUACAGGUAAACAUAUAUAUGAUGACACAUAUUCAAUGGGCGGUCCACCAUUGGCAAACCAUCAGCUUUUUGCUCACACUACUGAAAGGAGAUCAUUGAAACGAAUGGAUGAUGACUCAAGAAGUAUGUACGCAUAUGCUGAAAGAGCAGCCAUACAACCUUCACCGUCCAUGUUAGUCGCUGAGAAUGGAUUUGUUAGAUUUCGAUCACUAGCCGAUGAACGUAAUCCAGAAGAUCACAUGUAUCCGAUCAAAAUUCAUCAUCACAGGGACAACUGUUGUACUUAAUUAAUAGACCCUAAAUAAGUUGACUAUUAUUUUUAAUUUUUUUAUUUUUGUACAUAGAAUAUUUAUGUAAUAUUUUUUCUGUUUAAAUUUAAUGUGUUCCUUUAGCUUAAACAACAUUCCAUUGUAUAACAUUUUCGUUUCUUAUUACCUAUUAUAUUUUUUUUUUCAAAGACUGCUUUAUUUCUUAGGGGCCAAAAGUAUGAUAUUUUAUGGAUUAUUGUUUAGAGUUGACACUCUUAACAUAAGUUCUAAACAUAAUGAAAUCUAAAUUGGACAACACAUUUGGCCUAUACUUAACAUGGUUAUUUAAUCCUAAAAAAAAUAGUCUUGCUUCUUUAUUUUUUUACUAACAUGUCUGUG